AUGCCAUUGAGCUCUCCUGACAGCAGCACAGAGGCAAUGUCCACUCGCUAGCUCAACUGACAUGAGUUAUUUCCACCCUACAAUGGACAUUUUAAUCUGACUCUAUUUUUCUAAACUUAAAAAAUAUGGAAGCCUAUUUCUGGAUUGUAUUUUUUAUGAUUUUUCCACACGCAAAACUGGGAUUGUUGUCAGACUACAAGAUCUGUGGAGAUCCAGAAUGUGACAGUGCAAUGAGCAGAGUGCAGGCUAUUAAGAAUCACCAAGGAAAGGACUGCAGAUUCCUGAACUUCAAAAAAGGAGACAUCAUUUUUGUUAACCACAAACUUACAGGGAAACGUGAAGACCUCUGGGCAGGCAGUAUUGACAAACAUUUUGGCUACUUCCCAAAGGAUUCAGUAGAAGUGGAAGAAGUUUUUGCAGAAACAGAGAAAGUGCUGGAGACCCAGGAAUCUGAUUUCUUCUGUAUGGAUGAGUCUGGAUAUCCCAUCGAUACAACUAAUUUGGACUUUGAUGAUCAUAACUCUCAAACAAAGGAGCCAGAAUCCACACAAACCAGCCCAAACACUCUUGACAAAAAUGCCCAAGCUCCUUUGAUGUCUACUGAAGCUACAGUAAAAGAAAGAGAUAAUGAAGAUGGAAGCAAAGAUCUCGUGGAUGCGGCCGAACAGCUCAGGGAUGAACUUAAGGCUUCAGCGACUCCAGAAGAACAAGGUGGGUCCCCCUCAUCCUCCUGGCUGCGUUCAUCUGUGACGGGAUGGUUAGGUUUUGGAAAAGAGGAGCAGUUAAGGGAUUCAGAACAAGGAGAGAAGGAAGAUGAGAAGGAGGAGACUAAACCAGAAGCCUCAAUCAGAUCAUCUGUGACUGGCUGGCUGGGCUUUGGAGGAGAAGGUAAACAUGACAGUGAUGAAAAUCAUGUGGAAAUCCAGGAAGAUUCCUUAACUUCAACAAUGACAAGGUGGCUAGGCUUCAGUGAGGGGACGGAAACUGCUGCUAUAGCAAGUGAGGAAAUUACUGAAACAGCUAAUGAGAAAGAGCCCACAGAGAUGUUUAGGAGCAGGAGGAUGUCUCUGGACCUGGAAGGCAGCAAAUUACAGGAAGAAGAGGAGAAGGAAGACAUGGGAACGUUAGCCUGGCUGGGCAGCAGGUUGUCAAGCAGGCUGGGACUUGGAUCAAGUCCACAAGAUUCAGGAGGAGAAGGAAAGGAAACCGAGGAUCAGGUGGCUUCUAGCUCUUGGAUGGAGAUGAGAACUGAGGGAAUUUUUGGCUUUGAUGACAGUAAAAGUGGAGCAGGCGGAAGUACAGGAAAUGGUAUUAAAGAGACAGAAACGGACCAAACAUUAGAAGAACCUCCUGGAUUGGAAAACAUACAUAUUGCUCAAUCAGAGGGUUCAUUAUCAGAAGAAACUGAAAAAGAAUCCCAAAUAAAGGAGCUUGUAAAUGAGUCUAAACCACCAGACAGUAAUGAUGGUGGGGAUACUGUAGAUAGUUAUGUAGAUAAUUCAGACACAAAUGAAGUAAAUAUUUUUGAAACUGAUGUUGAAGUUUCCAACAAGGAUGUUGUGGGUGAAAAUGAUAUCAGGAGUCAAGAAAUCGAUCGCAGUUUAAAGGAGUUAGAUUCAAACUCGAUGGAGCAACUUGAAGGUCGAGUAGAGCAAGAGGGAAAGAGUUUCACUGAGAGAGGGGCUGACGUAAAAGAACAGCUUCAUACGUAUGAAGAAUCCACUCUAAUGUCAGAAAACAGUCCUGUUAGAAGUGAUGAUCAAAAAGAGGAGCAGUUAACCACAGAAGAAGGUUUAUUUCAACAAGGACUAUUGAAGGAAGAAUCCCCUGAAGAGACUGAAGUCAGUGGUGAUCAGGGAGAAAAUGAUGAACAGAGAAAGGCUGAGACAGAGAGCCGUCAGGGUGAGUUAGAACUGCAGCUAGAAAUGCAUCCCACAGAAGUCAGCUCUCAGAAUGAUGGAUCGUCAUUUUAUGGAAAUCCUGAAAGUAUUUAUGACAAUAUCUCAGAGGACGAUGGUGUAAAAAUGACUUUAAAUAAAACCACACAAACCGUUCAUGAAACCCAGGGGUUUCUGCAGAUGGAAAACAAAGAGCAAAGGGACAGGGAUGUUGAAAGACUGGAGGAAAUUGUGAAAGAUGAGAAGGAAAAAACACAUUCUGAGAAAGAAGUUUUUAAUGAAAGUGAAAUAAAAUCAGUAGUAGGUUUUGAAACAGAAACUGAAGUAACAAAGGGAUCAAAGGAAGAAGAAAAGUUAAAAUUCAAGAUACAGGAAGAAGUAAAAGAGGUAGAAGAACAGAUUGAAGAAGUAAAACAAGAGAGCCAGCAGAAACAAUUAGAGGAAAUUAAAAAAAUUGAGAAAAAGAAGGAAGAAGAGUUAGAUAGUGUUUCUGGGGAGGCGAGGGGGUUAAUAGAACAAAGGCAGGAUGAAGUGAAGGAACUAAAUGAGGGAGAGAAAUGGGAAACAGUAGACCAUGAGCAAGACAGAGGAUCAAAGGAGGCAAAUGAAAAAGCGCUGAAUCAGGAGAAGAUGGCAGAAAUCUCUGGGGAUAGCGCAAGUGAAGAGUUUAGGUUAGAAAGACAAAUGGAUAUGCAGGAGGAAGACAAACAAGUUCCAGAGCAUGGGAAUCAUAUCAGAGUGGAAGAGUUGAAGGAAUCUGAGAGGCAAAAUGAAAAAGAAGAGAAGGGAAACUUUUCUGGGGAGGGUGACACAAAGUUUGAUGAAGGAAUGCAAAAAGAGGUAGAGGAGCUGAAGGAGGAAGAGAUCCAUGAAAAUGGGUCACAGGAUCAUGAGGAGCCCAUAUUGGAAAUACCAAAGGAAUUUGAAGACCCAAAUGAAAAACAGAAGGAGGAAAAGGAGAAGGUUUGGGGGGAGAGCAACAGAGAAGGGGGAAAAGAGAUAACAGAACAGACCCAGAAUGAAGAUUUUGAGCCAAUGGAGGAGGAGAAAACUGUAAAAAACUCACUCGAGUUUGGAAAUCAUGUCAAAGUGGAUGAGUUUAAGGAGUAUGAGCAAAAUGAAAACCAGGAAAAGGGAGAUAAGGAACAGGUUCAAGAGAGACAGUCAGAGCAUGAGAUAGACAAUACUAAAGAGAUGCUGGGCGAUUCCAACUUUGCUUUUUUGGUCUCUGAAACUAACAAGAAGACUGAAAAUCAAAAUGAGAACGAAGAGGUAAAGGUGAACGAAGCCUUUACCGAGCCUGACAAAGAGCACCCAGUACAGGAAGUGAAGGAUGGAAAUGUUAAUGUAGGUGGGUCUGAGGAUGGAGGAUGCAAGGAUGGCAACUGGAAGGAAGACAUUGGUUUUGAAGAAGAAAUCAAGAAAACUGACAAUAAAAAUUCUGGAAAUGAGUUUCACAGAGACAUAGGAGGAGAGGAAUCAUAUAACCCUGCUGAAAGUCAAGUUCAGGGUUCUGAGCAAAGUGAGUCCGCACAUCCACCUCUAGGAACAAACGAUAAAAGCCAAGAACGUGUAGGAGCUUUUGGUCUUUUAAAAAAUGCCAUUGAACUUUUCUCCCAAACGCCCAACCCUGAAAUGAAUGAGUCCACACAGACUGUUCAGAGUUUCAACACAAACUCAGCUGAGACAACAGAGCCUCUUGCCUCUUUUACUCCAGGACUUGAUGCCUCCACAGAUUCACUUCACACCGAAGUAACACACACAGGAUUUCCCAAAGAGCAGGCGCAGUCACAUCCUAUCUCUGCUGAAAAGCUCCUCCACAAUGCUCCUUCAGUCACAGAAGCAAAAACCUUCAGCAAAGAUUAUAAAAGUCUCCACCACCACAUGAACGCGGAUGAAACGGUUAUUUUGCUUGAACUCUUCGGUCGACACAAGCUGCAGUUUUUAGACUACAUUUUGACUAGCCCAGAGGCCGUGUCUGCAGAUGAGGAUCAGUCAAUACUCUCAGAUAUAGAGGAACUCCUGCAGCACCAAAUGGAGAUGCUAGUUGCUCCCAGUAUGAAGGGAUCCGAUGCACCAGAGGAGGACAAACAAAGAACCAGUACAAUUAUUGCUCUUCAGAAGCUGGAGACAUUAUUAAAAUCGAUGAAGGACACUGUCAGCACAGGAAUAUCAGAUGUCAGUAACCAUCAAGCUGGGCCCAGUUCAAGCCGGACCAAUGGAAAUGAAGAUUGGAGCUAUCUGGAGAAGGAAAGAGAUCAAGGAAGUAAAGAAAAGAUAUCUCUGCAUAACACUAAGUCAGGAUCACAACAGAAAGGGUUAAUCAAGCAAAGUGUGGAAUUUCUUCUUUGGUUUGCUGAAGAAUCAAUUAGUUCUGCUAAGGCAGUGAUGGGGAUCCUUGUUUGGAUAAUUGUACAGGUUGAUCUCACUCUACCAUUGGAAUUCAACUUUGCCUUAGUCUCAGUUGUCAAACUGGCUUACACGGACAUAUUGCUUCUCACAUUUGGAUCUACGUGGUGUUCCAGGGGAGGAGAUUAUGUUCAGAUGGAUAAAAGUGUAACCAGGUCGGCUGUAUCCUUACUGCCUGACAACAUGAGGCCCGGCUCAGACCUCUACGGUGUACCAUGGGAACCUGUAAUCUUCACCGGCCUGUUGGGGCUGCUGACGUUUCUGUUAUUCACCAGUAGAUGUUACAGAUCUAUAAAGAGCAGACUGUAUCGAAGAAAAGAACAGAGGAUGGCUAAACAAGUUGAAGAGCUGCUGGAUGAAAAGUGUAAAGUCCUGGAGACUCUCAGUCAGUGUCAACAAGAGUAUGAUGACCUGGAGAACCUACUCAGGGACAGUGGUGUCCUCGCUCAGACUCAAAAAUCAGAACAUUUGGAGGUUCAAGCAGAACAGCUAGAACAAACUAAAAAGCAGCUGGGAACAGAUCUUGACUAUCUGAAGGAGCAGCUGGCCCAGCAGCAGGAACAUAGAAAGGAGCAAGAUAGGAAGAUAACUUUGCUUGAGGAAAGCAUGAAAGCCUGUGAAGCAGAGGCCAAAGACCUCCUGUCCAAGGAGGAACAGGCACAAACAACUUUGAAGAUCUACAGUAUGAGCAGUGAGAGGCUACAGCGGAACCUGGAAACAGCAGAAGAAGAGAACACUGUUCUACAGGAGAGCAACUCACAGUUGAAGCAGGAGGUCGAGGAAUGGGCAGAAAGAAUCAGUGAGCUCGAGGCUGAGAUGCAGAGAUGUGAGGUUGCCCAUAGUGCAAUGAUGCAGGAUGUGGCGGUUAAAGACGAACGCAUAACGUCUUUGACAGAUCGGCUGCUUCAAAUGAAAUGCUGGGAUUCAGAUCUAGAGGAGGAGGAGGGAGGAGAAAAGGAUACAACCAAUGGGACUGCAGGAAAAGAGGACACGCAUCUGCAAAAAGUCCAGAAACUCAUCUUUGCUGCUAAGCUCAAUGCAGACCUCAAAUCAGUGGAUGAAGAUAAGGAUAGAGUGUUUGCAAAGCUGAAUGAUGAGAUCAAAGCCAAGGAGGACCUGCGAAUGAGUAUUGAGGAAAUGGAGAGAGAUAAAUUAUCCCUACAAUCUGACACUGAGAGUUACACAGAUCAGGUCGAUCGGAUACAACAGAAACUGCAAAUUAUGACAGAAAUGUACCAGGAGAACGAGCUCAAGCUUCACAGAAUGCUGACUGUGGAGGAGAAAGAGCGUCACCAGAAGGAGGAGAAGUUGAGUAAAGCUGAUAAGAACAUUGCGAUGGCGAUUGAAGAACUGAAUAACUACAGAAAACGAGCAGAAGAGAUGGAAGAGGAGCUGGAGAAAACAAAGCAGUCGUUUCACACCCAGAUUUCAGCCCAUGAGAAGAAAGCUCACAAUAACUGGUUAGCAGUAAGGUCAGCAGAGAGAGAGCUGGCAGACAUCAGAAGAGAGAACGCCCUCCUCAGACAAAAAAUUACAGAUACUCAGUUCAAACUGGACUCCCUUGAGAAAGAUCCAUACGCCUUGAACAGCCUGGCUAGACCGCUGCCUUUCCGAGCUGAAAGGUCCCCCUAUGGCCCUUCUCCUCUGAGUCGACCCUCAUCUGAAACGAGACCUUUCCUCUCUCCUCCAACGUUAAUGGAUGGGCUUCCUGGUAGACUCUCUCCAAGAGUAUCUCGUGGUCCAGGUGAGCCCCCAAGUGGUCAAGCAGACAUGGAGCGCACUGGAGGUCCCCAUUCAGACAGCGGUUCAAUCUCUCCCACAUGGGAGAGAGAUCGGAGGGGUCCCCCACCAGGACCUCCUGGGCCUCUAGGACCCCCAGGCUACAUUUUCCCUGAGCCAGGAGGUCCGAUAUUAAGGAGACCUCCUCUGGGUGCUUUGGGAUCUUUUCCUCCUCCUGGAGCCCUCCCACCUGGUGCUCUGCCACCUAGAGGCUUCCCUCUGGGACCUCCUCACCCCCUGGACAUGGCAGAUGGCUCAUUCAGAGAAGGCCGUCAAGGGCCUGGUGAUCAGGACCACAGAGAGUCUGGUCCUGGUGGUCAGAGGACUCCCCCUGAAAUGGAUCCAAGGAUGGUCGGCCCUCCUCCACCUGGACCGCCAGGGAUUCCUAUAGAUGGCCCCUAUCCUCGUAGAGCCCCUUAUGGACCCCCUCCGCCUCCUGAUUUCUACCCUCCCAGGAUACCUGGGGGUCCUCCUAUGAGGCACAUGUGGCUUCCCCCUCCUCAAGGAAUGAUGUUUCCUCCUCGCUUCCCUUCUGGUGGACCUCUUCCUCCCGGCCCUAAUCCCAACGUACCCUAUGGUCCUCCCAUUCAGCGGCCUCCUUACGUUGGGCCCCCUCCUCCUUCCAUGGGCGCCCCUCCUCGUCAGCAGUCCCUACCUUCACCACCUCACAGCCAGUCUCCAGAGGAGAACAGACCUUCACCUGAAGACGCCAUCUGACAGUUUUUAUAAAGAUGAAUUUCUGGUUCAGUUCAGUAGCAGAUGGAAGAAAGCAGAGCCGCCCUAUAUUCUACACCAUCUAUUUAUUGACCAGAAGAGAUAUUUAAUGGUGUUUGUAGAGCAGAAGCAUCAAUUUCCAUAAGGCUGAUUUAUCGCUGUAGGACGGCCUUAAUAAAACCUUUCUUCUCCACCACUUCAUCCAGCCACAUGUAGUUUUAAAAACAGCCGUUUAGUUGUUGCUUAACUUGUACCUGUGUGGGCUAAAGGUAAUCUAUCAGCCAGACACAUUACUACUUUAUUUUGAAAUUAUAAUUAAGGUCAGUAACGGAGAGAGAUCAGUGAAUGAGCACAGAUUAUGUGUCAUAAAAUAUCUUCUAUGCCUAAAAUACUCAUGUUUACCACUCUAGUGUUUUAACAGAAUUUCUAUUCAGUAUGAUUUUCUUUCAAAAACAUCAGUGUACAUGAUCUUUCUCCUCAAAGGUCAAACCAGAAUGUUUUCUUCAGUUGUAAAAACUUUUCUCUCUUCCCUUUGAAAUUCAGCAGGCAUUUCAUCUUCUGUCUUUGCUUCAAACCAAGAGAAGCAAUAUAUCGAUGCCUCUGACCCUUUCAGUAACUUAGAAUGAAAACUUACAGACUGCCAGGAAGAGAGGCUCACUUAUGGCUACAGAAAUCAGCUUUGUGAAUUUUGUAAAAAGUGAUUAUUUGAUAGAUGAAUAAAGACUUUUAAAACUUGCUCUAAAUUUCACUGAUGUAA